AUGUCCGAACAGAGUACCCCCGCCGCCGAUACUGCCGGCGGCGAACGCACCAAACUCAACGUCGGAGGCAAGCUCUUCGAGACAACCGUAUCCACUCUUCGCUCCGGCGGGCCGGAUUCCCUCCUAUCUGUCCUCUCGAACCGUCCGGGUCACGACCCUGUCUUCAUCGACCGUGACCCGGAGAUCUUCUCCGUCCUCCUCUCCCUCCUCCGGUCCAACCGCCUCCCUUCCACCGCCAAGCGCUUCUCCAACCAGGAGCUCAUCGAUGAGGCCCUCUACUUCGGCAUCGAGUCCCAGCUCAGGUCCGCGCUCGCCCCGAGUCGACUCAACGGCAUAGACGCGUCCCUGCACACCACCGUCAAACCCUCGUCCGACGGCGUCGUCACCGAUUUCGACGCCGUCGAUUCGGACGGCUCGAUUUGGGUGGCCCACGGCGGUCAGAUCUCGGUCUACGACUGGAACCUCGGCCACGCAGCGACCGUGCGGACGCAUCUGGAUUUCAUCACGUCCGUCAAAAACAUCCAGCCCGAGAUCGCGGCCGUCGGAUCUCUUCACGGGUCGGGCCUGCACUUCUACAGCAUGGCCCAUGGGAGCCGGGUCGAUUCGGUCGAGUGGGUCGACCCGUCUGAUGUGCGUAUAUACAAGGCCCGAGUCCACGCGGUUGCCGACUCGGCCGACUCGGUUUUUGCCUCUUACGAGUGCCAGCACGGCGAGAACUGCAUCCUUAUGAUCGAUAAACCCACGAUGAGGAUUUCAUCCGAAAUCGGUAGAAUGUCUGGAAAUUCCUCAAAAAAUCUGGUUCCUACAAAGCUGAAGUAUCUCCCAAAUAUGGGGAUUCUAUUUGGCAGCUCGGUUACUUCUGGGGCAUUCGGGUAUUCCGGGUAUAUCCGUCUGUGGGACCCGAGAACUCGGGACGUGGUUUGGGAGACGAACGAGCCGGGCUCGGGCCGGAGCAGCCGGUUCGGAGACUCGUUCGCGGAUAGUGAUGUCGACCUAAACGAGCUGUCUUUAUUCAAGAUUUGCUCUAAAUCGGGAGAUUUGGCCAUGGCAGAUUUACGUAAGCUUAGCGAUGACCCGUGGAUUUAUUUGAAGGAAAAGAAUCCGAGCAUGAGGAAUGUGGGCUGCAAUGGCGGCGGCAAUUUUGUAGUUCAUUGUUACCAUAAUCAAGUGUUUGUCGGGAGGAAAGGUGAGUUGGAGGUUUGGUCGAGGGUGAAGGGUAAUGAAAAUGAGGAGAUUGUGAGCGAAGGGGUUUAUAGGAGGAAUCAUGUGGAUAAAAUCGAGGAUUCGAGUCGAGGUUCUAUCAAGAAAAUAGAAGGCGGUGGGAAUAGGCUCUUCGUGACUAGAGAAGAUGUUGAAGGGAUUGAAGUUUGGCAGAGCACGUGCAAUUCUGGGGUUGUCUCGGUUUUGGAUAGAGAUAACUACAAAGCUCAAAUGGUCACAGUAGCUAGAGUAGUGGAUCACUGCGAGUUAUUCGCUCACCUAGCCUACGUCGAGACCAAUGUUGUUGUUGAGUUUCUUGAGACCAAUGGAGUAGCUUUCCAAGAACGCUAUGGGGACGGCGAUGUAGAGAUCCAUGACCACGACAAAUAUACUCAGUUUAGGAGUCAAAAUCGGCUGUUCCCAACGCUCUCGAUAGUUACAAACUCCACCACAAAGAUUAGGAGGGGGCCCGACUUUACCGAGUCGCUUCUGGAUGGCUUAAUGCUGGAACCGAAACUGGUGAAAUUUCGGGUGAGGAAGGACUUUAUGAUGCAGAGGCAGGCACUGGGACUUUUGACAAUGUCGACCCCACCUGUGCUGGCAAACACCACAGGCACGUGCAGAGAGUACAGACCCGAAUGCAUUGGCCAUGUCCAGAAAGUGCUUUUAUACACGUCUAUGCCCCUAAUAGCUUUUGGAAUGGCCGGGCACUUGACUUGUUUGACCUCGUUCAUUAAUGGGCAGUUUAGUGGGGAGGAGCUUGACGGGAGCACGUUCUGGAGAUUCUUUUACAUCGUCUUGGCCAUUGUAACCGUCACUUUUGUUACCGUGGUCCCUCCGAUUUGGGAUCCCGGCUAUAUGCACUCUGCCACAAUAAUACCCACAAUACCCCUCGAAGAACAAGCAAAUAACAUAUGGAGGCUCUGCACGGUAACCGAAGUCGAGGAGACCAAAAUCAUCAUCCGCAGGAUCCCCGUCUGGACCACCUUCAUCCUAUGUGGCGUCCUCAUAUCCGUUAGAUUCACCUUCUUCAUCGAGCAGCUGGACCAUCUCGACCACAAACUCGGCCGCCUAACCGUCCCCACACCACUCCUCCUCUUCUUCUUUGAGCAAUCCCAAAACCUAUCUGUCAAUAAGUACUAUUGGACAUUGGCUUGGUUGAUAGGGGUCGACUUGGUUUUGUUCGUUGUGGUGUCGGUUUUUUAUCGGUAUAAAGAAGCCGAACUAAGGGAUCUUUCGGGGACCGAGUUUGAGGGGAUUGAUGAAGGGUUUGAUGAGAAUACCACACUUUUAUGGGCAGACAUAUUAGUACUAUACGCGUUCUUCGUGAUGCAAAACUACCUCACAAAUGUAUGGAAACUUAGCUUCACUCAUGCUGCCGGCAUUUUGAACGUAUGGGGCGGAAUCUCUUUGAUGCUGCCCGUUUUCUUUCUAUUCCUAGUCGAUGCUGUUUUAGGCCACUUCACGAUGCUCGUAUUUUCCAGCCUGGCAUACACCGUGGGUAUUGUGCUUGUUACCAUGUCGACCCCACCCGUACUCGCAAACUCGACAGGUUCGUGUAAAAAAUACGAGCCGCAAUGCGUCGGUCGAGCUCAGAAAGCGCUAUUCUACACGGGCAUGGCGCUAAUAGCCGUGGGAAUAGCCGGUCACUUAGUCUCGAUACGCCCUUUUCUCGACGAACAGAAAGAUAGACCUAUUGGAAGAAAUCAUUCGUCGAUAAUCGAGUGUUUGAAACUACCGGGUUUUACUCUAAUAGUCGUUUUACCUAUAGUCGGGGCAAUUGCACUCCCGUACAUAAAACCGUGGGACCUCCGAUUCGGAAUCCCGGCUAUAUGCACGGCUUUGACUACUGUCUUCUUUCUGACUGGUUGGUGCACGUACGACAAGGUUAGUCCUCAGGGGAGUCCGUUGACGAAUGUCUGUCGAGUAUUCGUGGCCGUUUUUCUGAAGAAAUUCGAGCGUGUCCCGGUUGAUUCCGAUCAUCUGUAUAUAAGAGACGACGAAAAUCUUCAGUCUUUUUCGCGCACUCUCGAAAACCGAUGGAGACUAUGCUCGGUUUCCGAGGUCGAGGAUGCGAAAAUCGCGGUCCGCAUGAUUCCCAUGUGGCUCACAUUCAUAAUGUGCGGCAUAGUUUCGUCAACCGGGAACACAUACUUUGUCGAGCAAGCCAAUCACAUGGACCGAAAGCUCGGGUCGUGGAAAGUCCCGAUCCCGAUACUACUACUACUUUCCGAGUGGGUCAAGAGCCUUUUCGCCUCGCUCGCCAGCUGUUACCUCAAACGAUCCAAAAGCUACGCGCCCUCGAUUGGGAUAGCAAUAUCCAUGGUUUUCUCGAUCCUUUGUUGCGUAACGGCCGCAAGAAUCGAGAAUCGGAGGAUAAGGGUAAUAUGGGAACAUAAUUUGGCGGACAAGCCGGAUGACGAGGUCCCGAUGAGCGUGUUUUGGAUGCUUUUUCAAUUCUUUUUACUCGCGGGCUUAAAUGCUUUUUUAGAGAAAGGCGUGGGCAAGUUUUACGAGGACCAAUCGCCCGAGUCCAUGAGAAGGUAUCUCGAGCUUUUCACAAAGGGGGUCUCGGGACUCGGGUUCGUUUUUGGUGUUGUCUCGGUUUAUGCGGUGGGGAAGGUUAGCGAAAGGCGAGGGGGAAAGAAUUGGUUUCAAUACACGUUGAAUAGGAGCCGUUUGGAUAGGUAUUAUUGGGUGUUGGCCGGUUUGAGUAGCGCGAAUUUGGUCGUGUUUGCUUUUGUGGCUUCGUUUUAUCGGUAUAAGGAUCGGGAGAUGGGAGACGAGCGUGCGGAAGUCGAGGGCUCGUCGAGUUUGCCUUCGGAUGGGAAUGGAGAAGCUGAAAAGAGAAAACUGAGCACUGAGCAGCUCAUGGAACUCUGGCAUUUUUUGUACAGUUAA